GUUGUGCGCAGGCGCGGUGCGGUGCUCAGGCCGGGCUGUGAGGAGGUGCGGGCGCCGCAGUGACCGACAAAUGGCGGUGACGAGGGCACAGGACAGCGCUCCAGGACAAAUUUAAUAGGAUUUUGGUUCCAGAGGAUUGAUUUCAUUUCACCACUCGAGAUGUUGGAAGGUGUAGAUACUCCACGAGCCUUACAGGCUCUGGAGCGUUUGCAAGCCAAACUACGAGAGCGAGGGGAUGUGGUGAAUGAAGAGAAGCUCAAUUUAUUGAGAUCUGUGCUACAGAGCCCACUCUUCAAUCAGAUCCUGAACCUGCAGAGCUCUGUUCAACAAUUGAAAGAUCAGGUAAAUACCAUGCCAUCUUCCAAACCUCCCAGCUUUGACCUUUGUCAAGCAGGUCUCUCAGCCGCUGGUUUGGUUUCAUCGCCUCUAAAUGAAUCAUACAUGCUAGCUCAGCAGAAUGGUAGUAAAGUAAACCAACCUGACACCUCGGUACAGCCUGGCUAUCCUCAUGUUAAUGGGAAACCAUCCAAUGAGGAGUUUGAUCAGAUUUUGAGAAGAAUGGCACAGGGUCGUCCUAUUGAAUACAUAGAUCUCAUGAAACCUGCAUGUGGUGGUUUAGGUUUCAGGGUAGUAGGACUAAAGAGUGAAAAUAAAGGAGAGUUAGGGAUCUUUGUUCAGGAAAUCCAAGAGGGCAGUGUGGCAGCAAGAGAUGACAAACUAAGGGAGGCGGACCAGAUUCUAGCUAUCAAUAGACAGCCCCUUGACCAGACUGUCACACAUCAACAGGCUAUUGUCAUCUUGCAGAAUGCCACUGACAAUGUUCAGUUGGUGAUUGCCAGAGGAUCUAUUCCACAUCUAAAUAGUCCAAUGGUCUCACGUACACCAUCAGAUGCUAGCACACUUUCUGUUCAUUCUUCUACAGUCCACUGGCAGCAUGUUGAAAGCAUUGAGCUAGUGAACGAUGGAUCUGGUUUGGGAUUUGGAAUUGUCGGUGGAAGAACAACUGGUGUUGUUGUUAAAACCAUUUUACCUGCCGGAGUCGCUGACCUCGAUGGACGACUUCAAAGUGGAGAUCAUAUUCUGAAGAUAGGUGACACAGACCUGCAUGGAAUGGGCAGUGAGCAAGUAGCUCAGGUCUUGCGGCAGUGCGGAAACCGGGUGAAAUUAGUCAUUGCUAGAGGUGCUAUGGAAGAGUCCUUGGCAGCAGUUCCUCAAACAGUCCCCGCUGUACCUUCCGUGCCUCCUGUAGCAGAAGAGCCUGAACCAAUUGGUUCCCAAGAGUUUGAUGGUGAAACAUUUGAUGUGCAACUUACAAAAGAUACACAUGGACUGGGCAUAACCAUUGCUGGUUAUGUUGGAGACAAAAAUUUAGAGCCUUCUGGUAUCUUUGUGAAAAGCAUUACCCAAAGAAGUGCAGUUGAGCAGGAUGGUCGAAUACAUGUUGGUGACCAGAUUAUAGCAGUGGAUGGGACAAACAUUCAGGGUUUCACUAACCAGCAAGCAGUGGAAGUUUUGCGUCAUACAGGUCAAAGGGUGUAUCUCAUCCUGAUGCGAAGAAGACUCAAACCAGAAGCUAUAGCACAGUCUGAGGAUAAAGAAAGUGCAAAAUCUGAGAAGGAUGAAAAUGAACUUAAAAUUGGUGAUGGACCAGCUCCAGCAGUAUCUGAUACUAAUGAAGAGCCAAUACCAUUACCCAUGAAAGUGUCCAAUGCUACUCCAGUUACUGAUCGUGAAGAUCAAGAUGAGGUUCCCGAUGGAGGCUUUCAGCUUAGUACAUCAGAAGAGGAAAAUAUACGUACAAAAUGGCAGCAGAAUUUAGGAGUCACCUAUGAAAUUGUGGUGACUCACGUUAUAAAGUUCAGUGAAAGCAGUGGUCUAGGCAUAAGUUUGGAAGCCACAGUCGGGCAUCACUAUAUUCGCUCCAUCCUGCCUGAGGGACCUGUGGGACUUAACGGUAAAAUAUACAGUGGAGAUGAACUAUUGGAGGUGAAUGGAACACAACUCCUUGGUCAAAAUCACAAGGAUGUUGUCAGUAUUCUGAAGGAGUUGCCAGUCAAUGUCAUAAUGGUCUGCUGUCGGCUUGUGCUUCAGACUGAUAGAGAUAACAUGAGCUUCACAGAAGAGCCCAUUCAGUCAGCAGAAGAGGUGCUUGACUUUGUUCCUUCCUCUGUACCUCCACCUUGGAGUGAUGACCAAGAGGUAUCAAAUACCGACCAAGAUCUUUUGCAGGUGCAUGUAGAUCUAGAUGGGCUUACUGUACCUUCUGAGACUGAUACAGAUGAGAUUGAUACAAGACAGAGUGGUAUAGAUGCACCUGGGUCUCACUUAGCAAUGUGGGAAGCAGAAAUCCAAGACAUAGAAUUGGAGAAGGGCAAUUCAGGUCUUGGGUUCAGUAUUCUUGACUACCAGGAUCCAGUUGACCCAAUACAGACCGUUAUUGUGAUUCGUUCAUUGGUACCCGAUGGGGUAGCGGAACGAGAUGGCCGAUUACUUCCUGGAGAUCGACUCAUGUUUGUAAACAACACCAACUUAGAGAAUGCUGCUCUUGAGGAAGCUGUUCAGGCACUGAAAGGUGCAACAGCAGGCAAAGUUAGAAUUGGAGUAGCCAAGCCUUUACCACAGUUUUCUCCAGAGGAGGGGGAUGUGCCUAUUAAAGAGGACUCUCUGCUCUACCUGGGUCAGCCUUAUGGCAUUGAUGAGGAGGAAGCAGCCGAUGCUGCUCUCUUUCAUGCAGAACUGGCACUGGUAGAAACAACUGAGCCAGACUUUGGUGAAGAACAGAUAUUUAAUGGGAAAUUAUCCCAAGAAGCUGAGGACAUUCUUCAUGCCUCCACUAUUGCCAUGCAUGGCAGUACUUGUAGUGAAGACUUAAGUAUUAACCUCUCAAUUCCAUCAUUGAUUUGCAAGGAUGUACAGGAAAACUCAGCGGGUGAAUGCAGUGUAUCCUCACUGGAAGAGAGUGUUGAGAAGCAGAUGUCCCCUACUAGCACAUUUGAAAAAACUAUCACUAUUGCAAAAGGGAAUGCUAGCCUUGGUAUGACUGUCAGUGCCAGUAAGGAUGGAUUAGGAAUGAUUGUGCGAAAUAUUAUUCAUGGUGGAUCCAUCAGUCGUGAUGGCCGCAUUGGGGUAGGUGACUGCAUCUUGGCAAUCAAUGGGGAGCCAACAACAGACCUCACCAAUGCCCAGUCCCGUGCAAUGCUGCGAAAACAUUCUCUGAUUGGACCAGAAAUAACAUCCCCUUGUGCACCUGGUGAUGACCAGUCCCAUUUUUAUGUUGUUACAUAUGUGCCUGCAGAAAACCUGGCGAAGUAUAGAACCAGCAUGGGUCAGCAACUUGAGGGAAUCGCCACAGCUAAUGCCUCAUCAUUGCCAGCUGCCAGCACUGAGCUCCCAGAGAGGGAAGAGGGAGAAGGAGAAGAGAGUGAACUACAGAGUUCAUCUUAUAACAACUGGAAACAAGCUCGGCGUGUUGAGCUAUGGCGUGAGCCUGGAAAGUCCUUAGGAAUUAGCAUUGUUGGUGGUCGAGGAAUGGGAAGUCGACUGAGCAAUGGUGAAGUCAUGAGGGGAAUUUUCAUCAAACACAUUCUGGAGGACAGUCCAGCUGGAAGAAAUGGAACAUUAAAAACAGGAGACAGAAUUGUAGAGGUGGAUGGAGUUGACUUGCGAGAUGCCAGCCAUGAGCAGGCAGUUGAAGCAAUUAGAAAAGCAGGCAGCCCAGUGGUAUUUUUAGUCCAGAGUUUAAUAACCAGGCCUCAGAAACGACCUUUGUCUUUCCUGCAGUCUAACACCUUGCCCGAAUGCAGCAGCGGCAAUACUAACCCAUUUGCUGAAUCUUUUCAGACCCGUAUUAGCCAGACUUCUGCAGCUUCAAAUGGUGAGAAGGCCUGCCAAAUGCCUUAUUAUAUGACCAAAAAAACAUUUUACGAAAAUAAAUUGAAGACUUCCAGCCAGCCUGAUUUUGAGACUGAAAUAACGCCAGCACUUAAGGAUUCACUACUUGAAGAACCACUCUCUCAGCCAUCACCGCCUGAACCUGUUCCAGAAGCCAAUAUUACAGGAUCUCUAGAGAAGCUGGGAAUGAAGUCGGAGGAUCCAACUGAAGAAGAAGAUGAAUUUGGUUACUCCUGGAUGAAGAUCAAACAGCGAUAUGGAAACUUGCCAGGAGAGUUGCGUAUGAUCGAAUUGGAAAAGGGAAAGAGUGGGCUGGGCCUCAGUCUAGCUGGCAACAAGGACCGAUCCAGAAUGAGUGUUUUUGUAGUUGGUAUUGAUGCAAGUGGAGCAGCUGGCAAAGACGGCUGGAUAAAGAUUGCAGAUGAGUUAUUGGAGAUAAAUGGGCAGUUACUGUAUGGACGUAGUCAUCAGAAUGCCUCUUCAAUAAUCAAAAGUGCACCAUCAAAAGUCAAAAUAAUUUUCAUCAGAAACAACGAUGCAGUCAGUCAAAUGGCAGUUAGCCCAGUAAAAUUGCCCGACACAACUGUGACUACUUCAGGCACCCUGCAAGAGAAUGAAUCAUGUACUUUAUCUCAGACUGGACCUGAAUUGGCAUCGUUUAAGAACAUUCAGCAUGUGAUACUCACAAAGGAUCAAGGUGGAUUAGGAAUUGCGAUCAGUGAGGAGAGUACACAUGAUGGUGUAGUUGUUAAGAGUCUAACAGAGAAUGGCACUGCAGCAAAGGAUGGCAGAAUUAAGGUUGGAGAUCGUAUCUUGGCUGUGGAUGAUGAGCAUGUUGUUGGCCACCCAGUAGAGAAGGUAAUAAAUUUGCUGAAGAAAGCCAAAAAUAUAGUGAAAUUAACCAUUAGUCCGGAUGAUUUAAGUGUGCAGCAGUCUUCAGCACCAUCUGUUGCUUCUGGUUCAGUAGAUUUCAAGAGUGCCCAGUCUCCUCUGGUACACAGUAUUACAGUCCCAACUGAUGUAGACUCCAUCAAUAAGAGCUCAAGUAGAGCUUUAACCCCUGACUCAGCUAUAUUAGAAUUGGCAUCUUGUCCAAUCAUCCCUGGAAGGGAGACAACUAUUGAAAUCUCCAAAGGACGUACUGGACUUGGGCUAAGCAUCGUUGGAGGAGCAGAUACCCUGUUGGGUGCCAUCAUUAUUCACGAAGUCUAUGAAGAGGGAGCUGCAGCCAAGGAUGGCAGACUGUGGGCUGGAGAUCAAAUAUUGGAGGUUAAUGGAAUUGACUUGCGAGUUGCCACUCAUGAUGAAGCAAUAAAUGUGCUGAGACAAACCCCACAGAAGGUUCGGCUGACAGUUUAUAGAGAUGAUGGGCAUUAUAAGGAGGAAGAUAUGUACAACUUGCUCACGGUCGAGUUGCAAAAGAAACCUGGGAAAGGACUUGGUCUGAGCAUUGUUGGAAAAAGGAAUGACACAGGAGUGUUUGUAUCUGAUAUUGUGAAGGGAGGAAUAGUAGAUCUGGAUGGAAGACUUGUUCAGGGAGACCAGAUACUAUCUGUGAAUGGGGAAGAAGUUCGAAAUGCAACCCAGGAGACUGUCGCUGCUAUGCUGAAGUGUGCACAAGGAACAGUAAGACUAGAAGUUGGCAGGUUGAAAGCUGGAUCAUUCUCUGAUAGAAGAGGUUCCCAGAGUAGCCAGGUCAGUGAAGGGAGUAGUGGUGGUGGGCUGACUUCUUUCUGUUCUCCUGCUUCUGGAUCUACACAAGCUGAUGUAUAUGAAACUGGAUGCAGAAAACAUGCCUGGUCAGAGAUUCAAGGGCUAAGAACAGUAGAGUUUACCAAGGGGCCCAAUGAUUCCCUGGGAAUUAGCAUUGCGGGAGGAACAGGAAGCCCACUCGGAGAUGUUCCCAUUUUUAUUGCAAUGAUGCAACCAAAUGGAGUGGCAGCCCAGACACAGAAAAUGCGGGUUGGAGACAGAAUUGUAAGCAUUUGUGGGAAGCCUACAGAGGGCUUGACUCACUCCCAGGCUGUUAGCUUACUCAAGAGUGCUUCAGGUCAAAUUGAAUUACAGGUAGUAGCAGGAGGUGACGUUGGUGUCAUAACUAGUCAGCAGCAGGAACAUGGUGGAACCACUCUCUCUCUCUCAGGGCUGACAGCGAGCAGCAUCCUUCAUGACGAUCUGGGGCCUCCACAGUAUAAGACCAUCACAUUGGAGAGAGGGCCUGAUGGUCUAGGAUUUAGCAUUGUUGGUGGAUAUGGCAGCCCUCAUGGAGACCUACCUAUUUAUGUAAAGACUGUGUUUGCAAAGGGGGCAGCUGCAGAAGAUGGUCGACUGAAACGUGGAGACCAAAUCAUUGCUGUCAAUGGGCAAAGUCUGGAGGGUGUUACUCACGAAGAAGCUGUUGGUAUUCUCAAACGCACAAAGGGUCGAGUCACACUUACGGUACUCUCUUGAGGUGCGUUUCUAGAGAACACUAUGACGUUAUUCGGGUGAAGAUUAUCAAAGAAGAUGAAAUUGUUAUUGAUUAUAAAUGCAGUAUCAUUGCAUUAUAGCAAGCGUAUUUUGUAAUGUAAUUUUGUAAUGUAAUAUUCAUUAAUGUAUCACUGGGGAUUAAUGAGUUAAUGUUUAAAGUAUGUGCUGUGAAGGUUAUUUGUUGAAAAAAAUACAAAUAUGCAAUUUGAGCUUAAAACAAAUCGAUGAACAAAAUUAAAUAUUUGUGGUUUGCAUUUUAUGUCAGAAAGAUAGAGAAUCAAGCAAAGUAUGUUUAAUUUUUUUUAAACACGCAGUAUUAUGUUACUAAUUUAUGUACACCCUGUUUAAUGAGACGUUAAACCGAGGUCCAGUCUGCCUGUUCAGGUGGACG